UAUGCGUUUAAUCGAUUUGACAGCACUAAUUUGUCUAUAAAUCUGAAAAAAAGUUCUCAUCUGCACAGGUGGACUUUUAUUUUGAAACUUGCUAGUGGAGUGUUUCAGGAAGUUAAAAAGUGGAGAUAUUUAGCUUUUUUUCUCUCUCUCUAGCAGCCAACAGGUAUUUUUGUUUUAUUAGCGUUUAGUUGAACGUGCAGACAUGGCUGUGGAUUGGUUUGGUUAUGGUUAUGCAGCUCUAAUAACGAUAGGAGGUAUUAUUGGUUAUGCUAAAGCAGGUAGUUUUAUCUCUCUGAUUGCUGGGCUGAUGUUUGGCAUUGCAGCAUUUGUUGGUGCUUAUCAGAUGUCAAAGAAUGACAAAGAUAUCUGGGUUUCACUGGGCACCUCUGGAUCACUGACCGCUCUAAUGGGAGUGAGAUUUUUGAGUUCUUGGAAGAUCAUGCCAGCUGGACUCAUGGCAGGAGCGAGUUUGUUGAUGUUCCUGAGGAUUGGUGUGAAAGUGCUACAGAAUUCACAAAAGAAGAAAAGAUGACAGCAUUCAGAAACUGUACUUGCAGAUCCUGAGGAGAUACUGAAAUAGUUUCAUUAGAAAUUUUAUACGAGAUGUAUGAAAAUGACAAUAAAAUUCAAUUUGGAAUUCAUAUGGAAGUGCCUUCAUAACUGAAGAUGAACAAAUUAAAGAAUAUAAAAUGUAUUGCCUUUUUUGAGUUUCAAAUAUGCGUUAAUUUCCCUCCAUUGUGGGUAAUUUAUAAUUAUUGGGUAAUUAUUUAGUAAUAACAGGUACAGAUCUGUAACUUUCUUAUCUAAAAGUUUUAUAACCAAAGACAUUAAUACAGCAUAUUGUGAGUCACAGACUGAGAUGUAUUUAAUUCGACCUAUAGAGGGCCCCAAAAUCUUUUAAUAAAACCAGUAUUUUUAGAGCGCACAAAUGGCUGUUUUUUUUUAAUGCAUGUAAAGAUGUAUCAUAUUUGACAAGUUUUUAUUAAAACAUAUUUUCACGGUACAGAUCACAAGAGUGUAACCACCGUCAAAUAUGUCACAAUACAUUGUAAAAAAUGGUAUAUGAAACAAAAAUGAUUAAAGUAUGUUUUACA